CAUAGGCGUGGGCCCACGAUGCCCAGCCUCGGACAGUGUUUCCUGGUAGUUGUCGCAGUUCGUAGGUCGGGAAACCGAGGUGGUGGUGCGGAUUUGAUCAGGUUCCUGGUGAGCCUGCUGAGGGAUGCCCAAGAAGUUCCAGGGCGAGAACAGCAAGUCGGCAGCUGCCCGAGCACGGAGGGCUGAAGCCAAGGCGGCAGCUGAUGCCAAGAAACAGAAGGAGUUGGAAGAUGCUUACUGGAAGGAUGAGGACAAACACGUGAUGAGGAAGGAACAGCGCAAGGAGGAGAAGGAGAAGCGACGCCUGGAGCAGCUAGAGCGCAAGAAGGAGACGCAGCGCCUGCUGGAGGAGGAGGACUCACGGCUCAAAGGUGGCAAGGCCCCACGUGUUGCGCCCGCCAAGGUCACACGUGCGCAGAUCGAGGACUCGCUGCGCAAAGAGCAGCGUGCGGAGCCAGUGGAAAAGGCUAAGAGCCACCUGGAGCUGCCCCUGGAGGAGAACCUGAACCGGCGCCUGCAGGAAGAGGGCAGCGUGGAGGCACGCACUGUGGAAGACGCCAUAGCAGUGCUCAGUGUGGCGGAGGAAGCGGACCGGCAUCCUGAGCGCCGAAUGCGCGCGGCCUUCACCGCAUUUGAGGAGGUACAGCUGCCACGGUUGAAGCAGGAGAACCCCAACAUGCGGCUGUCGCAGCUGAAGCAGCUGCUGAAGAAGGAGUGGUUGCGCUCCCCUGACAACCCGAUGAACCAGCGCGCGCUGCCCUUUAAUGCGCCCAAGUGACAGAACCAGGCUCAGUCCAGCUUGUCCGAGUCAGCUCAUCCCCCUCCAGCCAGGCCUGACCAGGGAUUCAUAGAGUUCCGGGCCUCUCCCAGCUGCGCCAUAGGUCACCCUCAACAACCCAGAGGGUCCCCACUCUGACCUAGCCCCCGUGCGCCCUGCAGAGCUCGGUGGAGUACUCGGCCAAUAAAGGCUGUGGUGAGGCUGUCUGAG